GCUUGCGCGUUGAGUCUGCAGGGGGCAAAGUCGCUUGUCCUCGUUGUUCGCGCUUUUCUGGGAGGGAGCGACACAUGGAGUAGGUCAUACACCGAAGCCAGGGCUAAGGAAGCUGGGGGAAAAGUCGAACUGUCCUGCUCUGCGGCCAUGAGAGUUGAACAAGACUGUGAAAAUGGGGAAAACUCGGCAAACUCGAAUCAAAUACUGCUUAACCAGCUGAGGGAGAUCACUGGGAUUCGGGACUUGAAGGUUCUCGAGAGUGCCCUGAAAGCAAGCCAGGGUGACAUUAGCCAUGCUGUUGGCUUCCUUACCACACAGUCACCUCAGGAAGAGCAGGCGUGUGAGGAACCUUCUACUGCUAACCAUCACAGAGAAGCCUCUGACACACAUGGCAGCCCAGCUAAAGAUGACCUGCAGACGGCCAUUGAGCUAAGCCUGCAGGAGUCCCAGCAGGCUGAAGCAGAGGAGAUGGAGUUCCACAGGGCUCUGGAGGCCAGCGCGGAGGAAAACGCCACCCAAGUGAAGAGGAAGAGGGAUGAGGUGUCAGGGGAGACCUGCAGCCCUGCAGACUGGAUCCGACAGGAGGGCUGGCCUGUGGGCAUCCGCAACGUGGGCAACACCUGCUGGUUCAGCGCUGUCAUUCAGUCUCUGUUCCAUCUGCCGGUGUUCCGCAGACUGGUGCUCAAUUACUGCUUGUCUGAGCGCGUGCUGGAGAAAUGCAAGAGCCACUCUGAGAAGAGAAACAUAGCUUUCAUGCAGGAGUUGCGGUGCCUCUUCGCACUCAUGGUGGGCUCAAACCGCCGCUUUGUGGACCCUUCUGCUGCAGUGGAGCUUCUCAGGGAUGCCUUCAGAACCAGUGAGGCACAACAGGAUGUUAGUGAGUUCACACACAAGCUGCUUGACUGGCUAGAGGAUGCCUUCCAGCUGGCCGCCAAUGGAAGUAAUCCUGGAGAUAAACAGGACAACCCCAUGGUUCAACUUUUCUAUGGGACAUUUGUAGCUCAGAGAGUUCAUGAGGGCACCACUCUGUCCACCAUUGAGCAGUUUGGACAGUACCCUCUACAGGUGAAUGGGUUCAACAACUUGGAUGAAUGUUUGGAGGGAGCAAUGGUGGCGGGGGUAAUCGAAUCCCUGCAUUGUGAUCAGACAGUUUCUUCUGGCCAGGAGAGAUGGUUCUCAAAGUUGCCACCUGUGUUGACUUUUGAGCUCUCUAGAUUUGAGUUCAAUCAAUCUUUAGGACGACCAGAAAAAAUACACAAAAAACUUGAGUUCCCCCAGAUUAUUUAUAUGGACAGAUACCUUCACAAAAAUGUUGAACAGACUCAUGGAAGAAGAGGAGAGGUGAAGAGACUCAAGGACCAGUUAACAGUUCUGCAGCAGAAACUUGAGAGCUACAAAAACUAUGGCUCUGGGCCAACCAAAUAUCCACUGGCAGACAUGCUACAGUAUGUGCUGGAGUUCGCUACCACAAAGCCCUUGACUACGUCUCCUGCUUUGUUAGCACCUACCAACACCAUUAUACCCAUGGAGCCCAGCUCAGAAAACACCAGCGAAACAGAACCAGAUGAUGCAGGCUCAUCUGAUGGUCCAGGCUGUACACUGACCGCUACACAGAGGACUCCCAUACACAAGCCCUUCACGCAGUGCAGACCCCCCAUGGAGGGCUCACUGCACCCGGCCCCCCACAACGUGACCGAAGAAGAGCUGAGCUUCGUCAGGGGCUGCCUGCAACGCUGGAGGGUCGAGGUAGAGAACAGCAUAAACGAGCUGAAGGCCAACAUUGACAAGGUCAGCCAGGCUCUGGAGGGCAUGUUCUCAGAUAACAGUUUGUGUCAGGUGCCUUAUAGGCUACAUGCGGUCCUGGUCCAUGAAGGACAGGCUUCUGCUGGCCAUUACUGGGCUUACAUCUAUGACCACACCCAUAAACGCUGGCUCAAGUACAACGAUGUCAUGGUCACUGAGUCGUCCUGGGAAGAGCUAGUCCGAGAUUCAUAUGGAGGCAUGACCAACGCCAGUGCUUACUGUCUCAUGUACAUCAAUGAUAGAAUGCCCCACCUCAUAGCGGAGGACACAGAUGAUGAGACUGGACAGGUUUUGCAAGGCAUGGAUUCCCUUCCUUCCAUCCUGCGGCGCUACGUUCGUGAGGACAACCACUGGUUCCAGCAAGAGCUAAAAGAGUGGGAAGAGCAGUUUUGUCAGGUACCUCCAGAGGGGGCGUCUGUUCCCACAGCACAUGCUUCCAUCAGCGGAGAGGAACCCACUUCCAAACCACAGCACCUGAAAGCAGAGGCACCUCUAAAGGCAGAGCCAACACCAGAGCCAGACCAAGAACAUGCCCAGGUAGCAAUUGAAGAACCAGUCUUGGAACCAGCACAGAAACCAGCCCAGGAUUCAGAAGAGACUGUGGCCAAUGCGGUAGCUCUUGCCUCACAACCAUCACAGUGCAUUGCGGAGGUAAAAGGGCAGGCUGAGGAGAUGGCCUCUCCCAGACUGGCCCAGGGCCAGCCAGAUGAGACGCAGGAGCAGAGUCAGAGCUCUUUUGUGGCAUCUUGUGGUGAUGGAGGGAAAGCAGAAGCAGAGACUCCAGCAGGCUGUCAGGCUGGUGGAGAGCAGACAGGACGAGAGGCAGUGUCGGAUCUGCAGUCCAAGCCUGAGGGGCCUGAUGAUCCUGAGGAGCCUGAGAAGCCUGAGGGGCCUGAGACAGAGGCCGUGUCUGCAGAACACGACCUAGCUGAGGCCACAAACAGGCAGCCUGUGAGUGAGGUGUCUGAGGUGGAGAUCCCCAAUGUGGGCAAGAUCCUGGUGCUCUCUGAAGCAAACGGAUACAAUGAGGAGGUGAUGCUUACCCCAGCCAUGCAAGGCAUUAUACUUGCCAUAGCCAAGGCCAGACAGGUCUUUGACAAUGAAGGUCCUGAAGCAGGCCUCAUCAAGGCAUUUCAUGAGGAGUACUCCAGGCUGUUCGAGCUUUCCCAGGAGGAGACCACUCCUCAACAGGACCCUCGGCUCCAGCAUGUGCUGAUUUACUUCUUCCAGAACAAAGCACCCAACCGCGUCAUUGAGAGAACUCUGCUGGAUCAGUUUGGUGAUCGCAAUCUGAGCUUUGAUGACAGGUCUAUCAGUAUCAUGAGAGAAGCCAGAGCCAAACUUCGUCUCAUCAAACCAGAGGACAUGGACAUGGAGGAAUAUAUGCAAUGGCAUGACGACUACAGCAUGUUCAAGACUGUGUUUGCCUACCUGCUGACAGGUCUUGAGCAGUACCAGAAUGGAAAAAUUCGAGAGGCACUGAUUUAUCUUGCACAUGCUUACCAAGACAACACAGCCCUAAUUAAAAGUGGAGAAAAGAAAGGAGUGGACCACAAGUUAAUAGCACUUUACCGGAGAAAAUGUCUAAAGGAGCUGAACAAGAAUGCAGCCAUGCUGUUUAAGAGUGGAGAAGAGAGUGAUGUGGAGGAAGGAGUGAGUAUCAUGAAUGACUACGUCAUCCCCUGCAUGCACCUCAUAGUAAGAGACAACGUCAGCCACGAGGACAUGGAAGUCAUUGAGGCGAUCAGAAACUGCUGGUGCUCAUACCUCGAGCAGGAUAUGAAUGAGUCUCUGCAGGAGAAGCUGAGUGAGUUCUUGCCCAGGGUUCUAGACUGCUCCGCUGAGAGAGUGGUGCUAAAGGAACCGCCCAAAGUGAGAAAGUCACCCCAUGACCUUUGUAGCCGGCUAGCUGCCGUCAUGGAGUCCAUUCACAGCACUUCGAUCGUCACUGUGAAAUAAGCGCAGAUAGGUCAUCGAAUCAAGCGAGGCUAAUUCACGGUAAUGUACUGUUGGUUAUCCACUGGCACAGGUUGAAGCGUCACACACUGCUUUUCUCUUGUUGCACUGACUGUAGAGCUACUUAGUUUUUUUUAUACGUAUUUUUAAUUUUCUUUUGUCACAACCCUUCAAUAAACCCUGGCACUUUGUUGCCCACUGAAGAAAUUCAAAAUUAUUGUUUGAUUGCUCAUGCUCUUUUAAGAUAUCUGAUCUCAGGAAAGAUCAAUCAGAUUUAAUUUUGUAACACAAAAAAAGUAUUUGCUAAAGUAAAAGGACAAGCACCAGGUCAGUGAAGGCAAGAUUAAAAAAAGGUUUUUAGAUUGUUCAACUUUUCACAUGUUCUGUAGAUUGGCAUUGCUGUGAUAAUAAGAUUUAAUAGAAAUUUACUGUAGUCACAUUGUCACAUUCUGUUCCUCUACUUCUUUGUUCCAUCCCUCUAAGCCUGUUCUGACCCGCAAUAAACUUUCCUUCACUUUGAUGCACUCUG